UAGAGGGAAGCCGCACCCUGCCCAGAUAGUGGUCCUUGUCAAUAGUAAUUUAGAUUGUAUAUUAGUAUUUAAGACAUUCUAGCGAAUUGUGUUUGUAUGAAUCCAAAACUAGAACUUUCAAUUAAUCAAUUUAAAUGUGAUUAGUGUGUUAAGUGAAUUGCAGUGCACAAAUAAUUGAGAAUUAUAGUGAGUGACUGGUCUGCAAUACUACCUUGCAACCGACGAAAAAGGAGCUGGCUGGAUUACGGUCUGACGUGUUUGGGAAUUGGAGCUCCUGUCGGUUAGCAGAGCGUCUGAGCAAGUAUGAAUGAGUUGGAUAGUCUACGACAGGAAGCAGAAACAUUAAAAAAUGCCAUCCGAGAUGCCAGAAAAGCAGCUUGUGACACAAGUCUGGUGCAGGCCACCAGCAACAUGGAGCCCAUCGGCAGGAUACAGAUGCGAACACGGAGAACUCUCCGUGGACACCUCGCCAAGAUAUACGCCAUGCACUGGGGCUCUGACUCCAGGAAUCUAGUGUCCGCUUCACAAGACGGUAAACUCAUAGUUUGGGAUAGUUACACGACUAACAAAGUUCACGCAAUUCCUUUACGUUCAAGUUGGGUGAUGACCUGUGCCUAUGCGCCAUCAGGAAGCUACGUAGCUUGUGGUGGACUCGACAACAUCUGCUCCAUAUACAGUUUGAAAACGAGAGAAGGUAACGUGCGAGUUAGUCGGGAACUUCCCGGUCACACAGGUUAUUUGUCCUGCUGUCGGUUUCUCGACGAUAACCAAAUAGUCACAAGUUCAGGAGAUAUGUCAUGUGCGCUGUGGGACAUAGAGACUGGACAACAAUGCACGUCGUUCAUCGGCCACACUGGAGAUGUAAUGUCUCUGUCCCUUGCUCCCGACAUGCGUACCUUCGUUUCAGGCGCCUGCGACGCUUCUGCCAAAUUAUGGGACAUCCGAGAAGGCUCGUGCAAACAAACUUUCCCCGGCCACGAAUCAGAUAUAAACGCAGUUACAUUCUUCCCCAACGGAUACGCAUUUGCGACGGGGUCGGACGACGCAACGUGUCGCCUCUUUGACAUUCGGUCUGACCAGGAGCUAGCGAUGUACUCUCAUGACAACAUCAUCUGUGGAAUCACCUCUGUGGCGUUCUCUAAGUCCGGACGGCUGCUGCUCGCCGGCUAUGACGACUUUAACUGCAACGUCUGGGACUCCAUGAAGACAGAGCGUGCGGGUAUCCUGGCGGGACACGACAAUCGAGUGAGCUGCCUGGGAGUGACGGAGGACGGCAUGGCCGUCGCUACAGGAUCUUGGGACAGCUUCCUGCGAAUCUGGAACUAAACAAGCAUCAUGAAUAACAAACUAUAUGAAACACUACAGUAGAACCCACCUCGGUGACCCCCGUCUUCCAGUUUUGAAGCAAAGAGUGGGGUCACGAUCCCCGCUCUACCCUCGGGGUUCUACUGUAUUUAUUGUUAUUAUUAUCGUAAUAUAUUUUUUAAAAUUACUUAUUAUCUCCUACAUAUGUAAUUCGUUUGUUGAGAUUCGACGGUGGUAUUUAUUAUUUUAUUUAUGUUGAAACGGUGUUACAUUCGACGAUCACAGCAUAACGCACAUUGUACACUCACGAUCGUUACUUCGCACACGGUAUUCUCUUAGUAGAUUGUCGCGAUCGGAACUCCAUAUUAUUUAUUUAAACAAAAAAAGCUUAGACUUCUCCGGCAUCGUACAAAACUGUAAUGGCACAAUUUUUUAUUUUUAAAUCGUGGACUCGUUUUUAAGAUUUAGUGUUUAUUGACCACCGAGUAUAUUUUCUGCAUUUACGAUGUAUUAUAUUCUGUUGGAGGGGAUUUUUCUAGUCAUACGCAGUCUUACCUCGAGCAACAUACCUAUUUGUACAGGGACCAGCUACAACGGGGCAACAAUUAUAAUGGAUUUUAUCUCUGAUUUCUGUCUGUCAGCACGGGAUGUGAUCCGUAACCUACUGUAUUUCAUGAGUGCUUUAUCUUAUAUAAGUAGAAAAUCAUGAAUGAGUAAUUACUGCCAUUUGCUUAUAAACAUGUUGUGGGUGAGACUUAUAGGAUAAUAUGUGUACUAUUACAAAUUUCAUCACACUAGAUUUUGAGAAGAAAAUAAUACAUAUACUAUAAUUAUUAUCGAAGUGAUCGUUUAGAUAUCCCCCUCCCCCAGGCGACGACCUGGCGUAGAAACCCUUUUUGUAUAUCUAUGGAAUAUUUACUAACAACAAGACGUGUGGCUUUCGAAUAUUUUACUUUUUUAAUGGACAUUUACUUAUUUAUUCCUGUGACGAGAACGGUUUCUUUAGCUUGGUGACUGCGCAUCAGCCUAGAUCCGAAGUCUGUACAUGUAUAAACAGUGUGAAUGCGGAGGGAGAAGCGCACGCCAAAGUGUGUCUAUUUGCGACAUUUCAACUAACUGUAUUACCGUCAUUUUCUUUGUAAGAAUGAGUUUUAGGUUUAGAGUUUAAUGUGUGUACCGUACCGUUAAUAUUAUCGUCCGGGAGUACGAAUGAUCACUAGGUCGUAUACGGACGUCUCCAGCUCCCUCUUAGUUCGUGUGGAUGUAAACUGUUUCAAAACUUUGGGCUCUCCCGCAGGCAGCACUAGGCAGUGCUCAUGGGUUCGAGUGUAAAAAAAUCAGGUACAUCGAAUCUCAAAGGAUAACAGACUCGAUGUAAGGGCUCAGGGUAUUUUUACACGUAACCCAGCUAAAUUAAAACCCACCUCUUGUAAGCGAAUGGCAUAUCACGGAAUAACAGGCUUGGAAGUAGGUGUAUUGGACGAGCACUGUCAGUCGCCCAAAGCUUUGGAAAUCUUCCCGUGCGGGUCGGGGUGUUAUCCCUCCGAUCCGUGUCGUGGAUGUCUUUUGAAAGGAAGACAUUUGUAUUAUUGUACAAUACGAAUAAGGCGGGGCAAAUCGUCAUUUGCCUCGUCUUGGGCUGUUUCUAUCUAUUGCAAAACAUGAAGUUUGUAUAUGAGUGUCCUCUUCUUUUGUCAUCAACACAUUGUGGGCUGCUUUCAAAGUGAUUUUGUUCCUGUGGCAAAGAACGCUUGAGUUUGCCCGUUUUAUUUGCUUGAACCUCAACAGGACGUGAUGUGGAGGAAUCGAACACUCUCAUAUUUGCUGCCAUCACACCUGUGACAAGGCAAGUUACCACGUUAUAACCCGAGGUAACCCUUUGUCCAUUGUGCAUAUAGUAAAACAAUUGUGUAGUUUUAUGUUAUCUUUUUGUAUAUGAUUCAAAAAAUUAAUCUAAAAAAGAGAAAAUUUGAUUACAAAAUUAUUGCAAGAUGCUGUUUAGCUUAUGAAUGACUGUUUUAUUGUGAUUCGUCUUGUAAAGUAAACUAUAAAAAAUCUCACUUGUCCAAUAAAGCUACUUGUCUUUAA